AUGGUGGUGAAAACACAGUUUCUUGUUGCUGGUAUGUUGAUCAGCGGUGUAUGCAAUACAAUUCUGAACAAACUUCAAGACAUGCAAUGUGUUUCUCACUGUGAAGAUCGGGAUCAUUCAAAACGUGAAUAUUUCGAACAGCCUGUGUGGCAAACUUUGAAUAUGUUUGUUGGUGAAACUCUAUGUUUCAUCGCUGCUUAUUUUCUUUUAUACUGGGAACACUCUCAAAAAAAAAUCCUUUUGCCGACACAUGAGCCUUUAGAAGUCGAAUCCACUCUUACUAAUGAUUCUGAAACAAUUAUUGAAAAUGGAUCUGUUAAUCCACCCAUAAAGGUUGACGAUGACUAUCGUGGUCCUAGUGAAGAAAUGUCUGGAUGGACUGUAUUCUUGUUCUGGUUGCCUACUAUGUGUGAUAUUAUGGGCACUACUUUUAUGAAUGUUGGCCUUAUUUAUACAUCUGCCUCCGUCUAUCAAAUGUUACGUGGUGCAGUUGUGUUAUUUACUGGCUCUUUUUCUGUAUUAUUUCUUCGUCGGCGCUUGUAUCCAUACCAUUGGUUUUCAUUGAUUCUUGUGGUAUUAGGUGUAUCAAUUGUUGGCAUGAGUAGUGUACUCUUUCCACCUGUAAAACUCGUAGCUCCAAUUGAUGCUAUACCUGAUCUUGGAAUACCCGUUGAAACAACUGAUAAUUCAAUAGAAGCGAUGGUUGGUGUUUUCUUUGUUGUAUUUGCUCAAUUAUUUACUGCAACGCAAUUUGUUAUAGAAGAAAGAAUUAUGGAAAAAUAUCGUGUUAGACCGGUUUUGGCUGUAGGGUUAGAAGGAAUAUUCGGUUUAUCUACAGUAAUUGUUGGAAUGUUUAUAUUACAUUUCUUGUUUGGUAAAACGCAUCCUGGCGGUUAUUUUGACAUUUCAGUUGGAUUUAGUCAACUUAUUAAUUACAGAAUAAUUUGGAUUUCUGCUAUUUCAAUAUGUUUUUCUAUAGCUUUUUUUAAUUUCUUUGGAUUAAGUGUUACUAGAAUUAUUAGCGCCACUGCUAGAUCUACCAUUGAUACUAGUAGAAUUGUUUUUGUUUGGAUGGUUUCUUUGUUUCUUGGAUGGGAAAUAUUUUCUUGGUUACAAGUCUUUG